AAUGGCUUGGACUUCUAUGUCAUCAUGACAUUGGUCCCCAAGAUCUGGGAGGCCGAUCUCUGCCAUCGUGAUGGGGCAGCGCAGAUCGGGGCGGCGCGCAGGGUCAUUGGCGUCCAUGGGCUGGCGCAUGACUACAAUGGCUGCACUGCGGCUGCACCGGUGAAAUCAGAGAAGGAGAAGCA